AUGAUCUCCAGUCUGACAGGCUUGCGCCGAACCGCCCGUGCUGUUUUGGCACAUGCCCCUGCCGGGAGUGCUCCUGUCAAGUGUGUCAUUCUGCACUAUCCCAGCCAGUCUGGUAGCAUCGUCUUCCCCAGCCGCUUCCAGAAGUGGCCGCUAGGUCCUUCGACUGCAGCAAUGGGACCCAGCAGCCUCGGGAAGAGAGUCGGCUGCAUGCCGGGCGGCCGUGGCACAGCGCUGUAG